AUGGCGCCGGAGUGGAGUACGGGCUGGUGCAGUGCGCACCGGACCAAGAUGAAGGCAGCGUCGUCACACGACUUGCGGUUUCUUUUGGCAGUGAUGAACUUCGAUACGCUGGUUUCUGACGUACUCGUAAAAGAAAGCAUCCGUUACACGCAACAAAAUGGAAUUGCUUCCUUAACAACGAACAAAGAAAUGAAAACGUUUUUGGGAAUCAACUUUGUCAUGAGUUACCACGUGUUGCCAGCUCUGAGGAACUAUUGGUCAACGCUACCUGACCUUGGCGUGCCGUUCAUUGCCGCUGUGAUGCCUCUUCAUCGCUUUGAGGAGAUUCGUAGCGCUCUGCAUUCUGCAGACAACGAGUGUCAGCCCUGUAAAGUGGAGCCCAACUUUGACAAAGCCUAUAAAGUGCGACCAGUUAUUGACCAUUGCAACGAGGCGUUUCAAGGUGCGCUUUCUCCGACGAAGCGACAGUCCAUUGACGAGCACAUGGUCAAGUUCAAAGGCCACAACAUCAUUAAGCAAUACAUAAAAAACAAACCAAUUCGCUGA